AUGUCAGGUACGAAGCGGCCGAGUCCAUCGUCCUCCGCGGUCUCACAGUUUCCUGCAGUCCAGAAAUUCGACUCCUGGGCCAGCAAACAUGUCGAUUCCUUCCCACUGCAACCUUUGAAAGACGCCGUCAUCGGUGUCGAUGCCUCCUACUACCUUGACCUUCGGUUGAACGGGAACAACGAAGAACCUCUGAAGCAUGCCCUUGGUGGCUUACCAUUCUGCUACAAGAAGGCUAUAGAAGAAGACAUAAACGUCCUGCGGCAACAUGGCAUCACCCUGGUAUUUAUCUUCAACGGCCUUGACUAUGUGAACAAAAGCCUUCCUGCCUCGCAGUCCGCCGAUAGCAAAAGAGUGCAAGACGAAGCAUGGCACCACUAUCUGAGCGGGGACAGCAAGCGCACAGUCACGGAUUUUGGAAAGGCCAAAUACCCUGUCGAUGUCAUGACCAGGUCUCUCCAGAAGUUGUUGACGGAAAACAAUGUGCAAUACAUGGUGGCUCCAUACAGUGCUACUGCACAGUUGGCCUAUCUCCUCAACCUGGAGGACCAGUUCAUCGACGCCGUCAUGGGCACUACAGAAUGCUUCCUCUUUGGUGUGGACAGAGUGGUGACCGAUUUCAAUCUUCAGAGACUAUCCUUGAACUUGGUCAGCAGAGCAGUAUGCGAAGAUAUCCUCAAAGUCAGCAGUGACACGCUCCGAGAUGCUCAACUCUUGCUUGGUACAUCCUUUACACCGACAUUUCCGGUUCUGGAAGGAAUGGCGACAUCCAAGUCGACAGGAGUAGUCGAUGCGAUCUCGUUGCUCAAUGGUGCUGGUAGAUCUGUCAUUCAGCUAUGCAAUUACCACAGAGACCAUCCGCAGGUUCAAGCCCUUAAGUAUGCCGACCGGUACAAAAAGGCCAUCAUGACCAUCAAGCACCAUGUAAUCAUGGAGAAGAAUGGCGUCGUUGCACCGUUGAACUUUGAUGAAGCACCGGGCGAUGUCCACGAAUUCGUCGGCCAGAGACUUCCAGAAGAGUUGUUCUUCUACAUUUCUAGGGGCUUGGUGGCACCUCGGAUUCCAAACUGGCUGACAUCUGGCGAUAUCGUGCUAUCCCUCCCUGGGGGAGUCUUGGAUUCGGAGCCGUACCGCAAAUUGGUGAUCGAAUUACUCAAUCCUUUCCGUACCGAGGCCUUGAAGAUUCUUGCCGAGUCUUUGCACUAUUACUAUCAAUCCAGAAUAAUCAAGGUGGAUCCAUGGAUUCCGCAAGAUACGAGCAGUUUGACAAUCGAAAUCAGAAACACUCCCUCCUGGAAAGGGAAGUUGACGCAAUGGAGGGUUCGUGGAUCUGACGUCGAAUCCGUCAGUGGAGCUCCAGGGAACAUUGGCCCUCUGCUGCCUUUCUUGCGAUCCCUCCAAGACGCCGCCUUUUCAGCAAAGACGAUCACAAAGGGCAAAUUAGAGUAUCCAGUCCUCAGAACGCCCGAUGAAAUCUACCUGAAUACUAUCUUCCGAUUCCUACACGUCCGUGGGUAUAUCGACGACAAACAUUCCCUCACCACAUGGGGCAAGGCUUUAGAAUCAGCGCUGGCAGUCUUCGAUGACGAGAUUACGAUCGUGGGCGUGGAAAUGCUAAGACUGGGACUGUUCACCGGCAAUUUCGCAACGGGGACGCCGGUCGCACGAACUGACAAAGAUUAUGAUCGCAAGGUCUACACGAACCUCAUCUCCAAAACCGCUUGCCUGGGUAGAAUCCGGCACAAGCCGAUGGGAUUCGUGGGUCCUCUUGAUCGGCAGCUGUUGACGUUUGCAUGGAAGAUUACCGCGGUUCGCAGUUCCUUACGAGAUCUCUUGGAAACUGUCAUGACCAGCAUGUUCUUGAACGGAGAUGUCGACAGAGAUCGGGAUGAUUGGCCUACGCUUACGCAAAGGCAAAUACGUUCGGCUAACGUCAUCACCAUCAGGAUGCCUUUCGCCAGUGAUAACGGCUCUGGCUUGGGAAUUGCCGUCAAGACUUACUUGGACGCAGUCAACGAGGAGCCUGAGAUCACCGACGCCUUGAAAGCCAGUAUCAAGCAACAAGAAGGGAAAUAUAGCUGGUUCGGACAGCUCAAAGGUGGCAACCUGACAAAGAGCCUUGACCAGGCCUGGAAGAUCUGGGAUACCAUUUACGCCGCAAGUCAAGCGCCUGGCACAGAGGUCAAGGAGGCCAAGCUGUUCGCCGAAGCUAACGAGUGGCUCUCUGUCCGCCGUUGA